AUGUCGGUGGGGUGGGGCAGCCAGCCAGACACAGCACAGCAGCCAGAGCCCCAGAAGCAGCAACACCACAGCCAGGCAGAAGCAGAUCAAGCAGACAAGACCCAGCAGAAGCAGCACAGCAGCAGCAGCAGAGCAGCAGCCCGCCCAGGCCACAGCACAGCCAGCGCAGAGAUACCAGCCACAGGAUCAGCCCACAUCCCGCCACGCCCAGCCACAGCAGCAGACAGCGCAGACAGAUUGCACAGCAGCAGAUACCAACCAGCAGAGACAGCAAGAACAGCACACAGCCAGCAGACCACAGAUCAGCAGAUCACCAAAAGCACAGCAGACAGCAGCCAGCAGCAGCAGAUCCCAGCAGCAGCCAGCACCAGAUCAGAUCCAGAUCACAGGAGCAGAGCCAGCAGCACAAGCAGCACAGAUUACAGCACAGCCAGCAAGCCGACAAGCAGCACAACAGCCCAGCCAGCAGCAGACGCGGCACACGCCAGCAGCAGCAGCCACAGCAGCAAGCCCCAAUCAUCACAGCACAGAUCAGCCAGAUCGAUACCAGCCCAGAUCAGCACAGCAGUGCAAACAGAGCCAGCACCGCACAACAGGGAGCAGCCCAGAUCACAGACAGCAGCACAGAGCCCAAGACAGAAAGCCCCAGACAGCAGAGCAGCUCAGGCCCCACAGAUACAAGCCCAGCAGGACAGCAGCAGCACCCAAGCAGCCCCAGCAACAGCACAGCAGAUCAGCAGCAGCAAACCAGCACAACAGACCAGCAGCACCAGCCCAGAUCAGAUCAAAGCAGGCCGCACAGCCCCCAGAUCAGCCGCACAAGCACAGAAGCAGCACAGACAGCAGCAGCAGAAGCAUCCAGCACAGCCCAGAAGCCGCCAGCCCAGCAGCAGCAGAUCCAGCCGCAGAGCACAAGCAGCCAGACCAGCAGACCAGCAACAGGCACAGCAGCCACCCCACGAUCAGGCACAGCAACAGCAGCAGCGCAGCAGAGCACCCAGAAGCACCAGCAGCAGCCAGUCACAGACCAGAAGACAGCACAGAUCAGCCACAGCCCCACAGCAGAGCAGCACAGAUCAAGACAGACACACAGCAAGCCAGGGAAACCAGCCAGCACAGACCAGCACACAGAUAGAAGCCACAGAUCCAAGAUCAGCCAGCAGCACACAGCAGAAGCACACAGAAGCCCAGCAGACAGGCAAACAGCAGCCCAGUAAGCAGCACCAGACAGCAGACGCAGAAGCAGCAGCAGCCAGCCCACAGCACCACAGAUUCACAGAAGCAGCAGCAGCAGCGCAGAAUCAGCAGCCAGCAAGCAGCAGCACAUUCAGCAGCAGCCCAACAAAGCAGCAGCCCAGAUUCCCCAGAUACCAGACACCAGAUCCACCCCAGCACAGCAGGCACAGAAUAACAGCGCACAGCACAGACACACACCAGCCGAGCCAGCCCAGAUCACAGUCACAGCAGCAGCAGAGAUCAGAUCAGCACUCUCCACACAGUCGCCAGCAGCCCGACCCCACAGAUCCAGCAGCAGACACAGCAGAGACAGCAGCACACACAGCAGACACAGCAGCACCAGCAUGCACAGAUCAGCAGCAGCAGAUUCAGCAGUCCAGCAGAGAGCAGAUAGCACACAGCAGCCAGGGCCCCCCCCAAAAGGAUCACAGAUCAGAUUCAAACCCAGUAAAAGCAGCCACAGCAGCAGCACAGCCCAGACAGCCAGCCACAGCCAGCAGCAGCAGAUCAGAUCCGAUCCAAGAACAGAAGCGAUCAGAUCCCAGCCAGCAGCGACCAGGCCCAGGAAGGAACCCCCCCACCCACACCAUGCAGCAGCAGCCAGCAGCA